GAGUCACUAGGCGCUCAUUUCCUCAUUUCCUCAUUGCAUUAGGUACUUAUUUAAGGUACCUUAUAGUAAAUUUCUUAGCAUCCCAAUUUCUAAUAUAUCAUAUUUUGUCGCCCCUUAACUUGUCUAAAUUCUACCAAAGUGAAACCAGUAUUGUAUAUUAAAUAGGAUCCUCGGCUACUAUUAACGAUUGAGAGAGCAUUAUGGCCGUGGGCGUAAAGCGGAAGCGCACUGGCGAAGCUGUAGAUGCCACUAUACUUCUACCGCAAAAGAUAGCGAAGCCUGUUCCUAAUGACGUCGCGCUUCAAGAAUCUACUGCUGUUCCCGAAGAUAUGAAGCCUCAAUUACAGCGUAUUACGGAAUCAGACCGUACGCCCUUCGAGAAGAAAGUGUGGAGCCUUUUAUGUCAAAUACCCCGUGGUCAUGUAUCAACGUAUGCCCUGCUCGCGGCACAUCUAGGGUCGUCCCCACGGGCUGUAGGGAACGCCCUGCGGCGGAACCCAUUUGCACCCGAAGUGCCAUGUCACCGGGUAGUGGCGACAGGAGGUUCCUUGGGUGGGUUCAAGGGAGAGUGGCCUAAAGAUGGCGAAGGCAUCACUCUAGAUGAGAAGCGGAAGCUUCUUCGCGGGGAGGGUAUAAGAAUAGACGACAAAGGCAAGGUACUCGGUACGCCAUGGGCAGUAUUUAACUAAGUAAAGAAUACAUAUGGAAGACUUUUCGGCGACUAAUAUAGCGAAGAUGCUGGAAGUGUGGAGCCCAAGAAUUGCCUUGUGGUCUUAGAUGGGAUGAAAGCAGCUUUAUGAAUGGUGACAUAAAUUGUUUGAUGGAUGAUAAGAUAUAUCCAAUGUAACUAAGACGUGAGCAGAUUUUCAUACAACAAAAUGUUUCCGUGUAUUCUAAAUGAAUCUCCUUCUCUCUCU